CCCCUUCUAAAAAGUACACAAAAGGAUGGAUAAGAGUCACAAUCACAUUAUUUUCUUUGUCCGGCUGAAAACCAACUGGAAAAAGACAGCUAACCGUCCCAACAAUGCAUGCCCUGAGGAUUCUCCAUGUGUUGCUGCUGUCAGUAGCAGUUCAUUCUAAGGGGCUGAUGUUCCAGCCUCUGGACUGCGCUGAUAUCUACAACGACGGCUCUAAGACCAGUGGUGUCUACAGGAUGUACCCUGCUGGACCCAACUCUCCUCGAUACGUCUACUGUGAUAUGGACACCGACGGAGGGAAAUGGACUGUGUUUCAGAGGAGGAUGGAUGGAACAGUGAACUUCUACAGAGGAUGGGACCAGUACAAGAACGGCUUUGGACACGCAGCAGGAGAGUACUGGCUGGGUCUGGACACGAUCUACCUCCUGACCCUGAAAAAGAAUUACGAGUUGAGGGUGGACAUGGAGGACUUUGACGGACAGAAAGCCUACGCUUUCUACUCCUCCUUCGCCAUCUCUCCCAAAGUUACAGAUCCUGAACUGGAUGGCUACAAACUCCAGGUUACUGGCUUUAAAGAUGGAGGAGCAGGGGACUCUCUCACCUAUCACAGCGGUAUGAAGUUCUCCACCUUCGACCGAGACCAGGAUACCAACUGUGCAGUCGGCGCGGUCGGAGGUUAUUGGUACAACGAGUGUUACUUCUCAAACCCAAACGGUCUUUAUACGUGGGGAUUGAACUCACAGAUUGGAGUCAACUGGAGGGGAUGGAAGACCUUCUACUCUGUGAAAGCCAUAUCCAUGAAGAUUAGGCCUGUGAACCUGUGAAGGUUCUUCACAAAGUCCUUUAGUUAAAACAUGGUUAUAUGAACUGUAUAUUGUCCCUUUAAAUGCUAGAUUGGAAGACAUUUGCAUGUUUUCAUUCUAUGCACAGUGUAACAUUGAUCUGUCAGUUGUCCUAUAAAACUAAAAACUGUCGCGUGAAAAAUG